AUGAGCCUCAGCAAUUCUUCUGUAAGAGACCUCAUCGCCGGACUCCAAGCUCAAAGGUUUACCAGCUUUGAGUUGGUUCAGGGCUACCUUGCCCGCAUCGAACAAGCCAACCCCACCGUCAGAGCAGUCAACGCUGUCACUCCUAACAUUCUCGAUGUUGCGAAGCUUUACGAUUCAGAGAGAGAGUCAGGAUUGCUUCGUGGUAGUCUUCAUGGAAUUCCAAUUUUGGUUAAAGACGUAUUUCUAUCCACCGAUGGAACCGACACCACAGGUACCCAUAUUCCGCAAUUCCAUUAUUUUUUCAUAUUACUUCUUAUAGCUCGGAUAUAGAAACUCUUCGUACGUAGGCUGAUGGAUUUCUCAGCGGGAUGCUCUGGUCUGACAGGUGCGAAACCUUAGUUCGAGGCCACUGUGAUCAAAAAACUCCGUGACGCUGGGGCUAUAAUACUUGGGAAAGCAAGCUGCUCCGAAUGGGUGAAUUUUCGGUCGCCGGAAAAGUCAAUCAGCGGAUGGUCUGUUGUUGGGGGUCAGGGCAUCGGAAUUUAUGCUAUAGACCAAAGUGCUUUGGGGUCAUCAUCUGGUAGUGCUAUAGCAUCUUCCUUGGGUCUGGCUGCUGUCGCACUUGGUACCGAGACCUCUGGAAGUAUCUCCUCGCCUGCAAGAGCUUCAGGUAUUGUCGGCCUAAAGCCAACCGUGGUUCUGACAUCGAGGCAUGGUGUUUACUGUGUUACGGAAUGGGAAGACUCCGUGGGCGUGUUGGGCAAAACGGUUCUUGAUGCUGCUGCGGUCUUGACAGCUAUGGCUGGUGAGUAAAUGGGACUCCGGGCCUUGCUUGAGCCUUCAUCUUCUCACCCUUCCAGGCAUCGAUGAAUUGGAUGUUUUCACUAGCGCCGAUCCUAGAGAUGAAGGGCAAACACUUGCUCUCCGACCUACUGACGGAACGGAUUUUACAGUCAACUGCCAGAAGAACAGUCUGCGUGGCUUACGAAUCGCGGUACAGGUCCCCGUAAGGAUAUUUUGGUGAAGUAUAUAUUGCUAAAAACAUGUUGAUAGAUCACUCGACCUUGUAUUGAACAACCGGAGGUUGUAAACACUCAAUUCAAUGAGGCCCUCAAGAAGUUGGAGGCUCUAGGUGCAACAGUGGUUGACAAUGUGGAAUUCACAAUGUGGUCUCCCAGAUACUCGGAUAUCAAAAGAGCAGAAUAG